AUGCCACAGCCGUCUGUGAACGAGUGCAGCCUUCUUCCUCACAACCACUACUGGAUAACCAGCAAGCGUAUUGUCACACCAAAAGGGAUUAUUUCUGGUGCAGUUGAGAUAAAUGGAGGGAACAUUGUUUCUGUGGUUGGAGAAGAGGAUUGGCGACGGAAUCCCAGCAGUGGGCAAGUCAGAGAUUAUGGGGAGGCUGUUAUCAUGCCUGGUUUGAUUGAUGUGCACGCACAUCUUGAUGAUCCUGGAAGAACAGAAUGGGAAGGAUUUCCUUCAGGGACUAGAGCAGCAGCUGCUGGUGGGUUAACAACAUUGAUUGAUAUGCCUCUUAAUAGUUUUCCAUCCACAGUCUCCGAAGAAACUUUUAAACUUAAGUUGGAGGCUGCAGAAGGAAGGAUCUAUGUUGAUGUUGGUUUCUGGGGGGGUCUAGUUCCUGAAAAUGCAUUUAAUGCAAGUGCUCUGGAAGGCCUCUUACGAGCUGGUGUUCUUGGUUUAAAGUCCUUUAUGUGUCCUUCUGGGAUUAAUGACUUUCCCAUGACCAAUGCCAGCCACAUCAAGGAGGGACUCUCCAUACUGUCAAAGUACAGGAGGCCUCUAUUGGUACAUGCAGAGAUUAAACAAGAACUUGAAGGCUACUUAACUUUGGAAGAUAGUACUGAAAGUGCUCGCUCUUAUUCAACAUAUGUUAAGACCAGGCCUGCUUCAUGGGAAGAGGCAGCUAUUAGAGAGCUCUUAACAGUAACAAAAGACACGAGGACCGGAGGUCCUGCUGAAGGAGCUCAUCUUCAUAUUGUUCAUCUGUCUGAUGCAAGAUGUUCCCUAGACCUUAUUAAGGAAGCAAAAAGUAGAGGUGAUAGCGUCACAGUUGAAACUUGUCCACAUUAUUUGGCCUUUUCAGCUGAAGAGAUUCAAGAUGGAGAUACUCGCUUUAAGUGUGCUCCACCCAUCCGUGAUGCAGCCAAUAGAGAAAAACUUUGGGAAGCCUUGACGGAUGGACAUAUUGACAUGUUAAGCUCUGAUCAUUCACCUACUGUGCCAGAACUCAAACUCUUUGGUACUGGUGACUUUUUAAGGGCAUGGGGUGGUAUCUCUUCUUUGCAGUUUGUUCUUCCUGUGACAUGGUCAUAUGGGCAUAAAUAUGGACUUACUUUGGAACAAUUAGUUUCAUGGUGGAGUGAGAAACCUGCCAAACUUGCUGGCCUAAAUUUGAAGGGGGCCAUUGCAAUCGGGUAUUAUGCAGAUAUUGUUGUCUGGGAACCAGAAGUGGAGUUUGACCUCAAUGAUAACCAUCCUAUAUACCUUAAGCAUCCUAGCAUCUCAGCCUACUUGGGAUCCAGAUUAUCUGGAAAAGUUUUGGCUACUUUUGUGAGAGGAAAUCUUGUUUAUGAAGAAGGAAAGCACGCUCCUGCUGCCUGUGGUGUUCCAAUCCUUGCAAGAUAA